AGAGCCGAUUGGCUGGAUUGCUGGGCCCAGAAUGGGCCGGGGGGCGGGUCCAUUUAAAGACAUCAGGACUCGGGCGGUUGUAGUCCGAGCUCCGGGACCAAGCAGGUGCUUGCGAGGCUGAUCCUCUGCGUCACCAAGCUCAUCUCCUGGGGGAUGGGGUGGACUGUGUUCCUUUGACGGACUCCUGUGUGCCCCCAGCCCCUGGUGGAGUGGAGAUCAUGGCCUCGCCUCAGGGCUCCCGGGCCCCGCUGGAAUUCGGGGGACCCCUGGGUAAUAGGGCAGGCGGCGCAGGGGUCUGAGGCUUGAGGAGGACGGGCUGAACUUCGGCGCUGCGGCGCUGAUGCUGCUGCUCCCUGCCACCAUGUUCCACCUGCUCCUGGUGGCCCGCUCGGGCCCGGCGCGCCUCCUGGGCCCACCCCCCUACCUGCCGGGCCCCGAAGUGCUGUGGAGCCCGCGGCUGCUGCUGCUGUGGCUCACCUGGCUCGGCCUUCAGGCGGCUCUCUACCUACUGCCGGCGCGCAAGGUGGCCGAGGGGCUGGAACUGAAGGACAAGAGUCGCCUGCGCUACCCCAUUAACGGCUUCCAGGCCCUGGUGCUGACAGCCCUCUUGGUGGGCUUGGCAGUGUCUGCGGGGCUGCCUCUGGGGGCGCUCCCGGAAGUGCUCCUGCCCUUGGCAUUUGCGGCCACCCUGACCGCCUUCAUCUUCAGCCUCCUUCUCUAUCUGAAGGCUCUGGUAGCCCCUGCCUCCGCCCUGGCACCCGGGGGGAACUCAGGCAAUCCCAUCUACGACUUUUUCCUGGGACGGGAGCUCAACCCGCGCAUCUGUUCCUUUGACUUCAAAUAUUUCUGUGAACUUCGGCCUGGCCUCAUCGGUUGGGUCCUCAUCAACCUGGCCCUGCUGAUGCAGGAAGCAGAACUUCGGGGAAGUCCCUCACUGGCCAUGUGGCUGGUCAACGGCUUCCAGCUACUCUACGUGGGUGAUGCUCUCUGGCACGAGGAGGCUGUUCUCACCACCAUGGACAUCACACACGAUGGGUUUGGCUUCAUGCUGGCCUUUGGGGACCUAGCGUGGGUGCCCUUCACUUACAGCCUGCAGGCCCAGUUCCUGCUGCACCACCCACAGCCCCUGGGGCUGCCCAUGGCCUCGGUCAUCUGCCUCAUCAAAGCUGUUGGUUACUACAUCUUCCGAGGAGCCAAUUCCCAGAAAAACACCUUCCGCAAGAAUCCUUCUGACCCCAGAGUGGCCGGCCUUGAGACCAUCCCCACAGCCACGGGGCGACAGCUACUGGUGUCUGGGUGGUGGGGUCUGGUCCGCCACCCCAACUACCUUGGAGACCUCAUCAUGGCUCUGGCGUGGUCCCUUCCCUGUGGCGUGUCUCACCUGCUGCCCUACUUCUACCUCCUCUACUUCACGGCGCUGCUGGUGCACCGGGAGGCCCGCGACGAGCAGCAGUGCCUGCAGAAAUACGGCCGGGCCUGGCACGAGUACUGCCGGCGGGUGCCUUACCGGAUCCUGCCCUACGUCUACUGAAGCAGCUCCAUGCGCCCCGGGCUGGGCAAGUGCCUGCCCGCCUGCCUGUCAGCGCACCGGGGACCUGGACCCUCCCCUGCCCUGAGCUCCAACCAGGCAGAAUGAACAGCCUCAGGCAGGUGCUCUGGAGCCGGGAGAUAGGAAGCCAGUGCCCCAAUACGGGAGCGAACGGGGCUGCUCCUCGUAGGAUAAACAUCUGGAACCCUU